AUGUCAAUGUCGGAGUCCGAUUCGGCAUCUCUCGUCUAUAAUGGUUUUCGUAAUUUCCGGAAUGUCACUCGUGAACGACUGUUAUAUGAAAUGCUUCGAAAUACCAAAUCGACAGAUGCAAGACUCACAUGGAAGGUACUCAUCUUGGACAAAAUCACUUUAAAAAUAAUGUCUCACUCUUGUAAGAUGCCAGAGAUUACAGGCGAAGAUGUUUCAUUGCUCGAAAACAUAAACAAGCGAAGACAACCAUUACCUAACAUGCUUGCCAUCUACUUCGUUCAGCCAACUGAAGAAAAUGUCGUCUUGUUCCUGUCCGAUAUGGCUGGAAAGAACCCUCUCUACAAAAAAGCUUUUGUCUUCUUUAGUUCACCUAUUUCACGAGAAUUAAUCAACUACAUAAAAAGGGAUUCAACUGUUUUACCUCGAAUAGGUGGAUUACGAGAGAUGAAUUUGGAAUAUUUUCCAAUUGAUAGUCAGGCUUUUAUAACUAAUACUGGGAAGGCUAUGGAUGAACUUUUUGUUGAUGAAAGUAGUUCCAUAAAAGGUGAUGAAUAUUUGACUGUGAUGGCCACACGCAUUGCUACUGUUUUUGCUUCGUUACGGGAAUUUCCUUUUGUACGCUAUCGUGCUGCCAAAUCCCUUGAGCUCGACACUAUGAUAACAUAUCGUGAUUUACUCCCUACAAAGCUUGCUGCUAACAUAUGGAAUAGUCUCACGAAAUACAAAUCUAACAUUGCUAACUUCCCCCAAAAAGAGACUUGUGAGUUGCUCAUACUGGAUAGAUCAAUCGAUCAGAUUGCUCCUAUAAUACAUGAAUGGACAUAUGAUGCCAUGUGUCAUGAUUUACUUAAAAUGGAGGGAAAUAAAUAUGUGCAUGAGGUUCCUAGUAAAACAGGUGGGAAUCCAGAGAAGAAGGACAUCAUUUUAGAAGAUCAUGAUCCUAUAUGGUUAGAGCUUCGUCAUGCUCAUAUAGCAGACGCUAGCGAACGACUUCAUGACAAGAUGACCAAAUUCGCUACAAAAAACAAAGCUGCACAAAUUCGCCAAGGUUCAAGAGAUGGAGGUGACAUGUCUACACGUGACUUGCGAAAUAUUGUUGAAGCGUUGCCACAAUAUAAUGAGCAAUAUGACAAGCUUUCCCUCCACGUAGAUAUAGCAGCUAAAGUUAACAAAAUUAUCAGGGAAUCGGAACUGAAAGAACUGGGUCAACUGGAACAGGAUCUGGUUUUCGGAGAUGCGGGAACUAAAGAAGUAAUCAACUUUCUGCGCUCUAAACCGGAUGUGACAAGUGACAAUAAGUUACGUCUGCUGCUGAUAUAUGCUGCUAUUCAUGGCAAUAAGUUAGAGAACGACAAAUUGAAGAAACUGAUGGAGCUGGCAAAGCUACCAGAUGAAGAUAUGAAUGCUGUGUACACUAUGAGGAAGCUUGAUGGAUCAUCAGACACGAAAAAAUCCUCAAUGCGACCUUUCACCUUGAAGUUUAACGUGAAUAGGAGAAAAAGUUCUUUCAGAAAAGAUCGACCUGGUGAAGAAGUGACAUGGCAACUAUCGCGAUUUUACCCUUUGGUAGAGGAACUUAUUGAAAAGCUUAGCCAAGGUGAACUAUCAAAAACUGAUUUCUCAUGUAUGAAUGACCCAACUCCAACUUUUCAUGGGACCUCUCCGGCUGUAACAGCACCUUUGAUUCAACCUCAAGAUGCACAUUCUGUGAGAUCUAGACGAACAGGAACUUGGGCCAGGCCUAGAGCCGCUUCACAAUCUGAUGAUGGGUAUUCAAGUGAUUCAACUCUGAGGCAUGCAGUCACUGAUUCAAUGUUGAGGCGUACAUCUAGUGAGUUCAGGAAAAUGGGGCAACGCAUUUUUGUAUUCAUCAUUGGUGGAGCAACUCGCUCUGAGCUGCGAGCUUGUCACAAAUUAACAGCAAAGCUGAAUAGGGAAAUUGUACUGGGCUCAACUAGUCUCGAUGAUCCUCUUCAGUUUAUCAAGAGACUAAAGAAGCUGAAUGAAGAUGAUAUAUCAAUUGAUGACAUUGAGAUUUAACGAGCUAGUCAUGAUACUGGAAAUAAAUUCCUUUUGGACUUGCUUUCCACUUGGUCCCUGCAGAGAAUUUGUACUCUGCUAUUUCUGUUGUUCAACCUAAUGUAUAAUUGCUAAGAAUAUGGGUAAGCUGCGAUUUUAGGUUUAGCGAAGGCCUCCCAAGCCCUCUUAAUUUACAGUUUGUA